AUGCUUUCGGCCUCCGCUGUUGGAAUUACCUUUGAUGACGACGACUGGAACUCCACUCCACUCAGUGCACCAAGACUGUAUCGGACAGCGAGCGUCGGCAGCUGGGGUGUAACCUCCAUUGGUCGUGGGUUCGACUGGAAUGAAAGGCCAGAGCGGUCAAAGGCGUCGGGGACGCUGUCUACGCCAAGUGAGGAACUAGAGGAAAAUAACGCGGAUCCGGUGCCCGAGCCUCAAACCUCACAUGGCCGCAAGCACCAUAAUUCAUUUCAAGACAAGUCCCCUGUUAUCAACCUUGUUAUGACUUCUUCUCCGCAAUCCAUUCCACAGCCAUUAUCAUGUCGUCCUACAACGCCUAAUAUUCCUCCGUUGGCUCGUUCGCCGUCGUCUCCGCGUCCUCGAAGAAGAUCCUCGCAGCAAAGAGUUUCUCUGAUCGCCGGACGUGUAUCCAUCGCCCCCAUCGAGCCGCCCUCUCCUCCUCCCAUGCUUUCAGACAACUUGCGUCGCACUCCGAGUUCCGGGAGCAUCCUCAGUAACGUCAGCACCCGUGCACCAUCGCCAUCGGCGGAGCAGUCUUUCUUGGGUGGUAGAAAUAUAUCAGAAUUCGUCAUCGAGGGAGAAAUCGGUAGGGGUGCGUACGGGCUGGUCAAACGAGCACGAGAGGUGCAAGCAGACGGAUCGCUUGGUCCCCCUUUGGUUAUCAAACAAGUAAUCAAGUCGCGCAUCCUAGCGGAUUGCUGGAAAAAACACCCUAAACAUGGCACUAUCCCGAUCGAAAUAUAUGUCAUGUCUGCUAUCUCCAAUACAACCUAUGUGUUACCCCCACGCCGACCAUGGGAUCCAGCGCGAUUCUCUAAAUCAACAGUGCGUGACAACACACAGUCCGAGCAGCUCGAUUGGCAAGACGGUCAGGUGGUGAAAGGCCACCCCAAUAUCUGCCCGCUUCUCGACUUCUUUGAGGAUAGUCAUUACUAUUAUCUGGUUCUGCCGUCCACGACGCCAGAACGAAAGCCAAAUGACCCAUCACCGCCGUCUGACCUGUUCGAUCUGGUCGAAUCUUAUCCGCAAGGCCUGCCUCCAUCGCUUAUCCGGACGUACCUGGGCCAAAUUGCGGACGCUGUCUGCUUUCUUCACAUGCAUGGAAUUGUCCACCGCGAUAUCAAAGAUGAAAAUGUAGUUUUAGGCCCUAAUGGCAAAUGUAUAUUGAUAGACUUUGGAAGCUCUGGGCUUGUGAAGAAGAGCGGAUGGGAUACAUUCAGCGGAACCUUGGACUACGCUGGACCCGAAAUUCUACGGGGCGAGCGAUACUACGGGAAAGAGCAAGAUGUCUGGGCAUUUGGGGUGGUUGCAUAUGUGCUGCUGGUAGGAGAAUGCCCGUUCAUGACGGCGGCUGAGGCGCAGGAGGGACUUGCGUCGCCAUUUGCGAACGCGGCGAUCUCACUGGAUGAACGAUGCGCCGAGGGCAAAGAAAAAGACGGUGAGGAACAAGAUGGCGGAGGGGCGCUUGGCGACGCGGCGGCGCUUGUGCGAGCAUGCCUGCAGGUAGAUAUAAGCGCGCGGCCUACAUUUGAGAGAAUCCUACAGUGUCGCUUUCUGGCAGGCGAUGGAGGGUGGACAUAG